CAGUGUUCACUUCCAACAAGAGAGCACAUUCAAAACAUUAUCAAAUAUCAUGAGAACACCAGCUAUUUGUAAAAUUUCGUUCAGAAUUGUGUUAUAUGGAUACAAUAUCUACAAUUCUCAAUUAUUGUGGUCGAAGGAAUAGAAUCACAGAGUUUCAAUUCGUGCGACCACUAAAGAACAUCAACAGAACAACAGUUCAUUCGAUUAUUGUUAUAACUGUAUGGAGAGUGUUGGACAGCGCUACACUUGAAUCCGGAGAUUAGUGAUGUCAAACUUCAGUCUGCGAAUCAAAGCUCCUCGAGGGGAGAAGACAGUUUCCGUCCCUAGUUCAUGUUCAGUUAAAGAACUUCGAGAUGAAGCAUCAAAAGCGUUCGAGACUCCAUCAGAAAGACUCAUUCUGAUUUUUGGAGGCAAGAUUCUUAAAGAUGAAGAUACUAUUGAACAACUAAAAAUCAAGGAUGGGUUUAUUAUUCAUUUGGUGAUUUCGAAACAACAACAGCCCUCCCAGGUUAACCCAACAGGAACCUCUUCAGUUGUAACGGAUGUGGGCAAUAGACCAAGAGAAAGUAGGAGUCCAAGUAAUCCAUCACAAACUGGUGCUACUGGUGUGAACACUUUCGCCGGUAUGCAACAAGCUAUGCAGGCUCAAGUGAUGCAGAAUCCCGAACUUCUUCGCAACAUGCUAGACAGUCCUCUUGUUCAAUCUUUGAUGAGCAAUCCAGAGGUCAUCAGAAGUUUAUUUCAAGCGAAUCCUCAAAUGCGUGAUUUGAUUGAACGCAAUCCUGAGUUAGGACAUAUGCUUAACAAUCCAGAUCUUCUUCGACAGUCCAUGGAGAUAGCCCGCAAUCCGGCUAUGAUGCAGGAGAUGGUUCGUAACUAUGACCGAGCGAUUUCCAAUCUGGAAUCGGUACCCGGAGGAAUGAAUCAUUUGCAACGGAUAUUUCGGGAUAUCCAAGAACCAAUAAUGGAUGCAGCCUCAAGCAUUGGCUCCAGCUUAAGCGGUAAUCAGUCAAAUGGCAAUUCGGAGCAAAAUCCCUUCGCAAAUUUAGCAGGUGGUGUGCGACAAGGUGCUCCUGCCACUGAACCUAUGCCGAAUCCUUGGGCUCCAGCUACAAACAACUCAUCUACAAAUAACAAUACUACAACAGCACCUAGUUCGGCGAAUUCAAAUCGUAACAGUGAUUUUGUGCAAACUAUGCUAAACCAACUAUCUUCUAGUCCCGAGUUGGUAUCAAAUGCUUUUCAGGUCCCAUACGUGCAAGCCAUGCUUGAAGCAAUGAGUGCAAACCCUUCAGUUAUGGAAAAUCUAAUCAUGAAUAAUCCAAUGAUUUCUAGCGUUAAUCCAAAUGUACGUGAUCAAAUGAGACAAAUGCUCCCACAAUUAGCUAACCAGAUCAAUCAACCAUCAUUUAUGAACAUGUUAUCAAAUCCUCGUGCUCUCCAAGCUAUGAUGCAGAUCCAACAAGGACUUCAGACACUGCAACAAGAAGCCCCAGGUGUUUUAACUAGUUUAGGUAUGUCUGCACCUCCAACUGGUCCAGGUUCAGUUACGUCUGGUACAACCCCAGCUACAGAGACCCCGGCAACAGUUCCAGCUCCUGGAGACAACUCUGACUCCACAACAGCUGAUCGUACUAAUGAUACUACAGCCAAUCCACCUAAUCAAGCUGAAUUGACCACACUAUUAUCCAGUAUGCUGAAUAUGAUGUCUACCACUAAUAAUGGAUUGGGUGCCACAAACAAUGCUCCACCUGAACAACGAUAUCAAGCUGAACUUGAAGUUCUCGCUAAUAUGGGCUUUGUUAACCGAGAAGCUAAUUUGCAAGCAUUGAUCGCUACAUUUGGGGAUGUGAACGCAGCUAUUGACCGACUCCUUCAAUCAAAUCAGUCAAGAUAAUGACCCAGGUUGUUCACCCUAAAUAUCGACAUGUAGUACUUAUUUCAUUUCUAGAGAGGAUAUGCACUAAUCUUUGCGUUUUUUUUAAGAAACAAAGGAGACUGUCAAUAUGUAUUUUUCAUCAGUAUAUUUUUGCUGUCACAGUUUUCAUAAACUGUUGCAUUAUAUGUACUUGUGUGCUGCUAUUCAACAGUUUUGCUUUUUAGACUUGUCAAAAGCCUUUUCAUUUUGUUUUGUUUUUAUUCGCUUCUUAUUAGAACAGUUCGUAUAUGUGUUCUGCAUACUUUCUCAUUAAUUUUCAUAAAGUAUCACACAAACUGCGCACAUCACAGUAAUCAAAUCCUCUUCUACAUCUUUUAUUGUUUGUUUGUUUGUGUUUUUUUUCUCUCCCCCUCUCUUUUUUGUUAUACCCUCCAUUUCUCUUUUCCUAGAAUUGUCUAUCCAAUAUGUUCCUUUUUGUGUUUUUUUUAAAGAAAAAAAAGACAAUAUGCAAUUGUAUUUGUUUCUCUUCUUUUUCUUUUUUCUUCUCUUUGAUUUGAUGUGUGUACUAGCUCUGUAUUUUGACAUGGUUACGUAGAGGAAGGAAGAAAGCAAGUGGAAAAUAUUUUUUUCUCUCAAAAAAGUGUUUAUUCUCCCGAUGAUUCUUGAAUAUUCUUACAUAUGGUCAAUUGUGUUAACUUCAUUUACAUAUAUGUGGACCAUUUUAGUUAAAUAAGAAAAAAAAUGGAUGUAAUCUAUAAUAUCAAAAAAAUAUAUGCAUAUAUAGACAAACAGUAUAUAAUUCUUUUGAAGUUAAAUAAAUGAUUGAGUUUGUGUUUAGAUAUAUGUGUGUAUGAGGUGUUC